AUGCAUCCUACGACUGUCGUGACUGGAUCUCGCGUCUUCCUAUCCGACAACACUGACGCCAUAUUUGCUACCAUCGUUGUAGACAAUUCAUCCGGUAAAGUCGUCGAGAUUCACCCGGAGCAGCCUGAUGCGGCGCGUUACCCGGAUGCAGAAUGGAUCGAUGCGGGCGAUCAUAUCGUUAUGCCAGGAAUCGUCGAUGCCCAUGUUCAUCUGAACGAACCUGGACGGACCGACUGGGAGGGUUUCUAUACCGGCACGCGGGCAGCUGCUUCGGGAGGAGUGACGACGGUCGUCGAUAUGCCUUUGAACUCGAUCCCCCCCACGACUACAGUGGAGAAUCUCGAAGAGAAGAGGAAGGCGGCGAACGGCCAGUGCUGGACGGACGUCGGUUUUUGGGGCGGGGUUAUCCCGGGAAACCAGGGAGACCUGAAGCCUCUUAUAGAAGCAGGUGUGAAGGGCUUCAAGUGUUUCCUGAUCGAGAGCGGCGUCGACGAAUUUCCAUGUGUCUCCGAGGAUGAUUUGAAGCUCGCUAUGGAAGAGCUGCAGAACACCCCCACUGUGCUGCAGUUUCACGCUGAACUUGAAACCCAUCAUGCUCAUUCUCCCCCUCUACCCGAGCCUGCGCCAGCAAACCCGACUCUUUACUCUACGUUCCUAAAUUCUCGUCCCCCCUCACUCGAACUAUCGGCGAUAUCGCUCAUUACUCGGCUUUUGGCAUCAUAUCCGUCCCUUCGGGCACAUAUAGUUCACCUGAGCGCAGCCGAUGCGAUUCCAUUAAUCAAGGAUGCAAAGGCGAAAGGUCUCAAGCUCACAGUGGAGACGUGUUUCCACUACCUUGCGUUUACAUCACAGUCCAUACCCGAUGGACAUCCCGAGUUCAAGUGUUGUCCGCCGAUUCGCACAGCCGAAAACCGGGAGGCGCUCUGGGCUGCGCUCGAAGACGGCACCAUCGACUUCGUGGUAUCCGACCACAGUCCAUGCGUCGCAGAACUGAAGAAGCUAGGGCCCGAACCGGGCACAGGCGACAUCAUGGGCGCAUGGGGCGGCAUCAGCACGCUAGGACUCGGGAUGAGCGUUCUGUGGACCGAACUCCAGAAACGCACGUCUGCUGGCCAAGGCGAGAAUUCCGCGAACGUGCGGAAACUCAUCCGCUGGCUCUCUACCAUGACCGCGAAACACGCAAGUCUUGACGGCCGCAAAGGUCGAAUUGCCGUGGGAUCCGACGGCGAUCUUGUUAUCUGGGACCCGAACGCUGAAGUCGAGGUAACGAAGACGUCCCUGAACUUCAAGAACAAGCUCUCCCCGUACGAGGGCCUUCACUUGCAUGGCAAGGUAGAGAAGACGAUCUUGCGAGGACGUGUCGUGUACGAUACGGAUCGCGCUGGGGUGGACAAAUUCGAAAACGGACCCGGUCCAGUUGGUACACUGCUGUAAGGGGCGGAAUCACUUCUAUUCUUGACCGGGCACGUUGCACGAUCUCAAUUUACGGCAUGAGCUGGGAUCAUCUAUCUUACGAUUUGCUUUGCCAUCGACGAUGAAAUGCUGUAUUGGCAAGGUUAUGGCUCUUAUGCGGGGGAUCUCAUUCCUACCCGGACCUAACACGAAUUCCCACUGGUGUCUUAUAAAGACAAGACAAGCGUUCUCCCGUCGUUCAAACUUUGAACCACCCAGUCGUCCACACAAACAACCUAUCUGUAUGAGACUGUUCUCCCGCGCUCCUUGAGAUAGGUCAUCAUGAAAGAUAAGCUGGCAAGAGCGACGGGCAUGGCCGCCUUUUUUUGCUCGAUACACCAACUUUGUAUUCGACCGGAGCCGGGGCAUCAUCCCGGAAUUUAACCGUCUCAGCUCCGAGCAGAAAUGGGAAAAAGCUCGUCGUCGUCAAGCACGUCGCCAAUUGAACGACUUCACCUCCGGGGCGUUCAACAAAACCUACGGGACCCGUCUCGACGACCUCGGAGCGUGGCACGCACUCUGCCAUGAUCUUUGCAUCAGUCCUUUGCCGGAGUCAGUUGCGCAAUGCAAAGUUGCCGUCAAGCAAAGGCAUGUCAACAUUUUCGACCUUUUAGACGCGCGGUCGAACGACACUCAACUUCGCAUCUUCGAGAAUGCGGAGGAGCUUGCUGAAUAUACGCGACGUACCGAAAGGAUAUUCCCUAUAAAUCAAGCGAAGGCGGGGCUCUUGCUGAAAUUCCUUUUGAGACCGAUCUUUUCCCGACAUUCUGUACUUUGAAUACUCAGUAGCUUACUCGCAACAGCCGGUUCCAUCA